AUGGACGUCGGAUUAGUCGAUGCGCUUUGCGAUUACUCCCGUCCCGUCUUUCUCUUCGGCCUGACGCCCCCGCUCGAGGGCGCCACCCAAGAUGAGCUGAAGGAGACCGCGCGCAAGUUCGUCGAGCGCAGCGCCACGCUCGCCACCGACGGCUUCAUCGUCUACGACAUCCAGGAGGAGAAGGGACGGACUCCGGAGCCCCGUCCUUUCCCCUUCCGCAAGCUCGACGAUCCCUCCCACUUCGCCAAGGUGCUCAAGGACGUCUCCGGUAAGGAAUCCGUCGUGUACAAGUGCGUCGCGGAGUCCGACCCGGGCGGCUUUGACGGGUGGCUCAACAAGGCCAUCGACGAUUACGGUGUCAACGCCUACAACCUCGUCGGCGGCGCCUCGUCCGCCAACCAGUACAGCGGUCCCACCAUCCCCGACGUCGCCGCCAAGCUCAACAAGCGCAAGCAGUGCGCCCACGGCGGCGUGACCAUCGCCGAGCGUCACGUCAAGAAGGGCAACGAGCACGAGACUCUGGUCAAGAAGGGCGAGCUCGGGAUGCGUUGGUUCAUCUCUCAGGCCAUCUACGACCCGGAACCCAUGAUCAAGCUCUUGAAGGAGUACGGCGCCCUGUGCAGGCAGCGGAACAUCGAGCCCAAGCGCGUCGUCCUCACGUUCGCGCCGUGCGGCCGCGAGAAGACCAUGCGGUUCAUCAAGUGGCUCGGCGUCACCGUCCCGGAGAACGUCGAACGAGAAAUUUUGGAUGCCGAGGACAAGGUUGGCAAGUCCGUGGACCUCCUCUGCGCCAUGUGCAAGAAGAUCCUGGACGAGACCAAGGGCUGCGGGGUUCCACUGGGCAUCUCUGUCGAGUCCGUGUCCAUCUUCAAGAACGAGAUCAACGCCGCGCACGAGCUCUUCCGCCGCACGCAGUCUAUGCUCCUCGACUUCCUCGGCGAGCCUUGGCUGGUGCAGUACAAGCUGGUGAGCAAGGGCGCCAAGCGAACGUCCUUCGACUACGGGAGCAGGAAAUCCCCGGCGUCCCCCGGCGCCGCGCUGCCGCCGGUGAAGGAGCCCAAGGUGGCUAAGAAGGAGGGAGGAAACGGCGGCUUGUUUGAGGGUUUGUCCGAGGAGGAGCAGAAGAAGCUCGGAAUUGCCGGCGCGGUUGGCGUCGUCGUCGGGUUCAUCCUCGGGGCGGUGCUCGGCGGGGGUAAGUCCAAGCCCAUCGCUCCGGCUCCCGAGCCCCCGAAGAAGAAGGGGUGGGGCAAGUGA